AUGCAGGAAGCUCCAGGUGUUGGUAUGGCUCUAGGAUUCGAUCAUGCGACAGUCUCUGUGCAGUUCUGGAACGGCACUGUGAUUGAUAGCGCUUACAUCGAUGGACCUGACAGCUAUACAACGGCAAUGACUACGUUGUCCGAGCUAUCGGAGCCUAGGGCAUCAUCAGCGACACUGUUUGGGGUCCGAGAUGUUCUUCGUGAGAAGGCAACAGCAUCGACUGGCAUUUGGUCCUACAUAGGCGCUGUCCAGAAAUAUCUACCAGGCCUCCGCAUUGAGUCUUCCUCACCCGCUCAUGUCGAAAUUGCGGAUGCUCUGAUGCCGAUCGCUGAGGUGCUGCGCACUCUUUUCCAGCAAGUGGCGAAGGCACAGGAUCUGCAUUACAGAUACGUGUACGUCUCGUUCCCAGACUUUGUCAACCACGGUGUUUCGGCCCUCGAUCAGAUACUUUCUCUCCUCCUCGAAAAUGCAAGUUUACAAUCUUACGGAGGGAUGCGGUGGAUUCGCACUCGUGCGGCCCUUAACGGACUAUACCACCUCGGAAAUUGCUUCGAUACGGUUGAAGGCGAUCCUGAUGACUACGGCGUCUGCGACAAGUACAAAGGUCGGAAAAUCCAGACUGCGCUGGGUAUCGAGCUCAGUGAAAAGAACUUCUGCAUGCAUUUGAUGCCGCGCGAAAAUGGCCUGUUCUUUCCUGAUAUGGCCUCGACCAAGUCAUACCCUCAUCGAGGUACUGCAUCUGUGAAUGAGGCCGAUAGUCACACUGACUACUGGACAUGGAUUAAAGAAGAGCUUUUGGCAUUCGUGGACCAGACUGGCAAGCGCGUUGACCUUCUGGUGCUUCACGGCACCCAAAUCACAAAUCCCCAGCUUCAAAGCCUUAUUAAAGAUGUUUUUCAGGACAAUCCUAACAUCAAAUCGGAAGAAUAUCUACGGAGUGUUCAUGAGCACAUCUUUGCUCCUGCUCGAUCAGUCGCAGAAACUGCCAAGUCAGCGAUGUGGGAUGGCUUGGACGCUUGUAUUCCUAACCCUGCAUGCCCUAUUAGUGAGCACUACCCUCCUGGCCAAGGCUGGAGAAGGCCGGGCGGUCCCGGUCUGAGAGAAUUGAUAAGGGUAGCGGUCUUAGUCUGUCAAGAAUAUGAGGAUGGAGCAGUGGAAGAGGAUGAAGAUCGUCCUGACGAGGUUCUAACAGGGCCAAAAGAUCGAUUCAAAGCACUCUGUCUCCUCUACUCACUGAUGGUCGAGGACCAGCCUCUUACACCAAGUGAAAUCGUCAUCGCCGUCGUCAUCAUCAUCGUCUUCGCCUCCAGCUCGUCGUCGUCGUCAUCAGUUGAAGAAUUCAGCUGGGAAUGA